GGCAGACUUAAGACAUUUGUCAUUGAUAAUGAGAAUGCAGCGUAUUGUAAAAAAUAUAGCUUUGAUUAAAUCAUUAGAAAUGCGUUUAAGGUUCACUCGGAAACGUAAUUAAUACCAAAUAUGAUUAUUUAGUACUACACUGUUUAAGACAUCAUUAAGAAAAUGAAGUUAACACAUAAAAACAUAGAAAAAGAUGGUUGCGGAAGUAUUGGGCUCAUACCUGAGGAAUCGGAGGAUAUGUGGCAUGCGUAUAACUUGAUAUCAGAAGGUGACGCAGUGACCGCGUCAACUGUGCGUAAGGUGCAAACGGAAUCAUCCACAGGUUCUUCCACUAGUAAUAGAGUAAGAACUACUCUCACUAUAAGAGUUGAAACGAUUGAUUUUGAUACACAAGCAUGUGUAUUGCGUUUAAAAGGCCGAAACAUUGUAGAAAACCAAUAUGUGAAGAUGGGUGCAUAUCACACAUUAGAUUUGGAACAGAAUAGAAAAUUUGUUUUGCAAAAGGUUCUCUGGGAUUCCGUGGCGCUGGAAAGAGUAGACACAGCUUGUGACCCGGCUGCAACUGCUGAUGUGGCGGCCGUUGUGAUGCAGGAGGGUCUGGCUCAUGUAUGUCUUAUUACACCCUCUAUGACAUUGGUCCGCUCUAAAAUAGAUGUGACUAUACCAAGAAAGAGGAAAGGUUUUGUUCAACAACAUGAAAAGGGUCUAAAUAAGUUCUAUGAAGCUGUAAUGCAGGGCAUUUUGAGGCAUAUUGACUUUAGUAUAGUUAAAUGUGUGAUUAUCGCAUCACCAGGUUUUGUCAAAGAUCAAUUCUUUGACUAUAUGAUGCAACAAGCUGUUAAAACAGAUAAUAAACUGUUGAUUGACAAUAAGGGAAAGUUCUUAUUAGUAAAAGCAUCAUCUGGCUUUAAACAUUCAUUGAAAGAGGUACUUCAAGAACAAUCAGUGAUGUCAAAGAUAUCAGAUACUAAAGCUGCUAGUGAGGUGAAACUAUUGGAAAGCUUUUACACAAUGUUGCAGUUGGAACCUGCUAAAGCUUUCUAUGGCAAGAAACAUGUUGAAAAAGCUAAUGAGGCAUUAGCUCUUGAAACACUCAUGAUAUCGGAUAGAUUGUUUAGAUGUCAAGAUGUUUUAAAAAGAAAGGAAUAUGUAACACUAGUUGAUUCAGCGCGAGAUAAUGGCUGUGAUGUUAGAAUAUUUUCAAGUAUGCAUGUCUCUGGUGAACAAUUAGAUCAAUUGACCGGUAUUGCAGCCAUUUUGCGUUUCCCCAUGCCGGAGCUGGAAGACAGUGAUGCUGAGGAUGAUAGCGGUACAGAAUCUGAAUAAUCUACAAAAAAUUAUACAUUAGCUGAAAGCAUUUCAUAGCAAUAUAUAUCUAGGUAUAUUUGUUAUAUUAGUAAUGUAACAAAUAUACUGUUUUAUACAUUAUAUUUGCACACAAGCAUUAAUUAAAUAUACAUUUAUAUGAAUUUCAGUGCUGUUUUAUAACUGUCUUCUAUACAGCGAUAAUAUUUAUCUUAAAAUGCAGAAUUGUAUUUAUUGUCUGUUCCGAACCAUUUUGAUAUUGUAUUUUUAUAGUUGUCUAAAAGAACGGUGAGUUCAUUUUGUUACAUAUUGUUGUUCAAUUUUUAUUUCAUUAUGGUGUAAAUAUGUUUUACACACAGAUUAUAACAUUAUUAUUAAAAGAAUAUUGGCCAUGUCUAGGCUGUGUAUUGGAUUAAAAUAUCGCGCUAAAGUUAUAUCAGCCUUCAUCUAUUUACUUUAUUGAAAUAUAAUGUAACAAUUUAUGUACAUUUGGCUGUUAUCUCGAAAAAUUGACCAUGUAACGUAUGAUAAUAGGUAUAGAAAAAUUAAAAUAUUUAUUUUAUUGGA